AUGCGAGCGCCGCCGCCGGUGCAGCGGGUGUCGGUUCCGCGCUAUGUGCGGCGCAGCGCGCCUUCGCCACAUAUUGUGUAUGCGGUAGAGGUUGAGAUGCCUGAUUUUUCGUGGACGGUGUACCACCGCUACUCUGCGUUCGUUGCGCUGCACGACGCCAUUUCUCCACCUGCUCCGCCCGCGCCGCUGCCUGGAAAGAACUAUGGGGGCUACAUGGUGCGCAAGCUCAGUGCGUUGGGCGGCUGGUUUCCAGUGACAGAAUCACAGCGCAAGGCGGAAGAGGAGGAGGCAGGAGAGCGGUGCGAGUCGCUGCAGCUGUACCUGCGCGCGAUUCUUUCUGCACGCGAUGCACAGUGGCGCAGCCAUUCUGCUUUCCUUACUUUUCUUCAGAUUUCGGAGCAUGUGCCCGCAUCGAUGCAGGGCAAGGCGGAUUAUACAGCGGCGGCCCAGCGGCGGAUAAGCAAUGCCCAGCGAUCUGUCGCUAGGCCGCAGGACCACGCGCAGCAGCGCACCGCUACCGAGACAGAUGCGACACGCACGCUUGACGAUCGCCAGCUGCUGAAGUACCAGACAGAUACCCUUAUGGAUAGCCAGGAUCGGCAAGCGGAGCGGCUGGCGCAAAUUUUGCAACGGCAACGUGCGUUGGGCCUCUCGAUCAACGACGAGCUGCACGAGCAGUCUGAAUUGCUGCAGGGACUGCACGCGGCCGUACAGACCACCGAAGCAAAGAUGGGCCAAGCGUCGGAGCGGAUGAAAGAGUUUGAGCGAAAGUAA